CCCAAAUCCUGCAAAAAAGAGACGAACUUUACACUCAAAAAUAUCAAACACCUUCAAAAUCAAAAAUUGAUAACAAAACUGAAACCCAAAUGGCUCAAAAUCAUCACAGACCCAAAAGCCUAAUCGAUUCACUCGGAGAAGAAAUAGUCAGAAUCAUAACACCAGUUUCAAUCUGCAUGUUAAUUGUGGUAAUUCUAGUGUCAAUCCUCAACGAUGCAGACAGUUCAUCAGCAUCAUCCACAAUCAACUCCAUGGCAACAAUGGCAUACAAUGAAACAAUCUCAGAUUCUUUCUGGGACAAAUUCAAAGGUGCCCUUUUGAACUCACUAGUGUUUGUAGCCAUUAUCACUGCAGUAACUUUUCUUUUAGUGCUUCUUUUUUACCUCAGAUGCACUCAGUUCUUGAAAUACUACAUGGGGUUCUCUUCUUUUAUUGUAUUAGGGUUCAUGGGUGGUGAAAUUGCUUUGUUUUUGAUUAAAGAGUUUAGCUUUGGUAUUGAUUGUUUUAGUUUUUUGUUGGUUUUGUUUAAUUUUGCUGUGGUGGGUGUUUUGGCUGUGUUUAUGUCAAAAAUGGCUAUUUUUGUUACUCAGGCUUAUUUAGUUGUUAUUGGGGUUUUGGUUGCUUAUUGGUUUACCCUUUUGCCUGAGUGGACUACUUGGGCAUUGUUGGUUGCUAUGGCUUUGUAUGAUUUGGCUGCUGUUUUGUUGCCGAUUGGUCCGUUACGGAUUUUGGUUGAGCUUGCUAUAUCGAGGGAUGAAGAUAUCCCGGCGUUGGUUUAUGAGGCGCGUCCGAUUACAAGUCAUGACUCUGGCUCGAGGGAGGGUGUGAUUCAAAGGAGGGUUUGGAGAGAGAGGAGGACUGUGGGGGAUGGUUCUGAGGAUAAUUUGGAAUCAAACUUGAGUAAUAGUGGUGCACGUGAUUUAAUCGAUGGUGGCCGUCAUGCCACGCAAUUGGUCAGGGCUGAGGCGGGGCAUAUUCCAGAAAGGGAAGCUGCGCUUUCUGCACCGUUAAUUGACCGUAGGAGCAGUGUUCAGUCGCAUGGACAUGGAGAUGUUGUAUCUAGCGAAAAUUUGCUGCUAGAGGGUAUUGGGUUGGGGUCAACCGGAGCUAUAAAGUUGGGACUUGGGGACUUUAUCUUCUACAGCGUGUUAGUUGGAAGAGCUGCGAUGUAUGACUUUAUGACUGUGUAUGCGUGCUAUCUUGCUAUUAUAGCUGGUCUAGGCAUUACGCUGAUGCUGUUGGCAUUUUAUCACAAAGCUUUGCCAGCACUUCCUGUGUCAAUUGCGUUAGGUGUGUUAUUUUAUUUCUUGACACGGUUCUUGCUUGAAGCUUUCAUUUUACAAUGUUCUUCGAAUCUAGUGAUGUUUUAGCAUUAGACUAAGCUGUUAUAUUUCUAGAUCAAAACCUUGCCUCAGAAGAUGCAUCAUUUGAAAUUCAUCAAUUGUUGUUGUAACUUAUAAUUUAAAUCCUUCUUCAAAUCAAUUGUGUAUUUGAUUUUAUAA